AUGAACAUCUUCAAGAAGAAGGUCGACCCCAAAGAGGCUCUCGGGACGAGCAAGCGAGAGAUGUCAGUCGCCACAAGAGGAGUUGAGCGAGAGAUUGGCUCCCUGCAAAUGGAGGAGAAGAAGCUAGUUGCUGAGAUCAAGAAGACUGCCAAGACUGGAAAUGAGGCUGCAACCAAAAUUCUAGCCCGGCAACUAGUCAGGCUUAGGCAACAAAUCGUCAAUUUACAAGGUACACGGGCGCAGAUACGUGGAGUAGCUACUCACACACAGGCAAUGUAUGCUGGAACUUCAAUAUCUGCUGGAAUGAAAGGCGCAAGCAAAGCGAUGGCAGCAAUGAAUAAGCAAUUGGAACCAGCGAAGCAGAUGAAGCAGAUGAGAGAAUUCCAGAAGCAAUCAUCUCAAUUGGACAUGACGCUUGAGAUGAUGUCUGAUGCCAUCGAUGAAACACUAGAUAAGGAUGAGGCUGAAGAGGAAACAGAAGAGCUCACGAACCAGGUUCUGGAUGAGAUUGGUGUUGAUGUGGCUUCUCAGCUGUCUUCUGCACCUAAAGGCCGUAUUGGAGCCAGUAACAAGAAAGCCGAGAACAACCAAGCACGGAAUGCGGCUCCAGCGAAAAAUGUGGCGCCUGAACCUAAUGCCGCUGAAGUUGAUGAUCUGGAGAGGAGACUGGCAUCUCUCCGCCGCAUCUGA